CAGGAGGGCGAAGAUGUUGACUUGGAAGAUAAUGCAUCUGAUUCGACUAAAUACUCCUCAACCAUUGAAGAUAUGGAUAAAACAAAGCUUCUACCCUAUCGAGAUGAAACAGACCAAUCAACACCAUCCUCUUUAGCACAGCAGCUGAGAGCGAGCCGAUUCAGAAUAUCCUCUGACUUAUGGACGUGGCUACGCUGGGCAGCAAUUGUUCUACUACAGACUACUCUGAUUCUGUUAGUUGUUUUGAAACAAGACAACAACACACAGCCAAAGGGCGAUCUUCAAGAGAUAAGCGGCAGCGAUCGAUAUGUUGAGACAGGCAGUGAUAUUAAUGGCCUUUACAAGACAUUAUCUCACUCGUAUACCUUUCUUAAACCGGAAGAGGACAAGUACUUUCCAAACAUAACAUCGAAUGAUAAUCGCAUGGAGAUUCGCAAAAACUGGGAUAUGUUGAUGCCACUCGGAAGCGGAAGCGUUAUAAUUCCAGAUUAUUCGAAACACCCUCUACUUGGGCAACCCAUUACUGACGAUCCCAUCCGUUCUGGGCCGUUGUUUGAGGCAUCAUGGACACAUGCGCUACACUGCUUAUACUACAGCGUGGACAGCUAUCACCAGUUGAUACUGAACGGGCCAAGUGAGGAUGACAACCCAAUGCAUGCAGCCCAUUGUUUUGAGUAUCUCCGAAACAGCAUUCUCUGCAACUUAGACAUGACUCUAGAAGGAUCCAUGUCAACUCCACAUGAUAAGGACAGAGGACAGCCUCAUGUUUGCCGCAACCGAGAAGAAGCUAUCUCUUGGAUUGAAGCCCGAAGGAUGGACGAUGCACAAGAUAUCGUUGGCCCUUGA